UUGCUUUGUUUGUUUCAUCAGAUACACUAUCUAAAGGCAUUUGUGCCUGAAGCCACGGAAGAUAGAUGGACAAGCCAAGCAACUUCUGACCCUGCAUCAUUUUCUGGGGCAAAAUUGUAUGGCAAUGUAUCCUACAAGGGUGUCUGGUGAGGAAUGCAAUGGGAUCAAUAGCAUGUCUGCAGAGAGCGGCCCCGGGACGAGACUGAGAAACCUGCCAGUGAUGGGCGACGGCCUCGAAGCCACCCAGAUGUCGACAGCGCAGGCGCAGGCGCAACCCCAGCAAGGCAGCACCGUCGGCGUCAACCCCCCACCCCCAGAGACCUCCAACCCCAACAAACCCAAGCGGCAGACCAACCAGCUGCAGUACCUGCUCAAAGUGGUGCUCAAAACGCUAUGGAAGCACCAGUUUGCGUGGCCUUUCCAGCAGCCCGUGGAUGCUGUCAAGCUGAACCUCCCCGAUUAUUAUAAGAUAAUUAAAACGCCGAUGGACAUGGGAACAAUAAAGAAACGCUUGGAGAAUAACUACUACUGGAAUGCUCAAGAAUGUAUCCAGGAUUUUAACACGAUGUUUACAAACUGUUACAUCUACAAUAAGCCAGGAGAUGACAUAGUCUUAAUGGCAGAAGCUCUAGAAAAGCUCUUCCUACAGAAAAUCUCCGAAAUGACGCAGGAAGAAACUGAAAUCGUUAUCGCCCAGACAAAAGGGAGAGGACGCGCACGGAAAGAAGCAGUGACAUCCAAGCCAGGAUCAUCCACGGUACAGAACACAACCCAGGCCUCGUCCCCAGCCCAGACUCAGGCCCCGCAGCAGAACCUCCAGGCCGCACAGACCACCCAUUCCUUCCCUGCUGUCACCCCUGACCUCAUCGUCCCGACGCCCGUGAUGACGAUGGUGCCUCCACAGCCCCCAGUGCCGCCUCCACCGGCCCCCCAGACCCCCGCCCCGCCGCCCGACCCCCCCAGCCCCAUCCAGCCUCACCCCCCCGUCAUCCCCACGCCCGCUCAGCCCGUCAAGACGAAAAAAGGAGUGAAGAGGAAAGCAGACACCACCACACCGACCACCAUCGACCCGAUCCACGAAUCGUCCUCGCUGCCCACCGAACCCAAAUCCACCAAGCUGGGCCCACGGAGGGAAAGCAGCCGCCCGGUGAAGCCCCCAAAGAAGGACGUUCCAGAUUCCCAACAGCACAUGGUAGAAAAGAGCAGCAAAGUGUCUGAGCAGCUGAAGUACUGCAGUGGCAUCAUCAAGGAGAUGUUUGCCAAGAAACACGCGGCCUACGCCUGGCCCUUCUACAAACCUGUGGAUGUAGAAGCACUGGGGCUGCACGAUUACUGCGAUAUCAUUAAACAUCCCAUGGAUCUGAGCACAAUCAAAUCCAAACUGGAGAACCGGGAGUACAGAGAUGCUCAGGAAUUCGCCGCUGAUGUGCGACUGAUGUUUUCCAACUGCUACAAAUACAACCCUGCUGACCACGAGGUGGUGGCCAUGGCUCGGAAGCUGCAGGACGUGUUUGAGAUGCGCUUCGCUAAGAUGCCGGAUGAACCGGAGGAACCGGUGAUCCCGGCCUCCUCUCCGGUGGUGGUUCCACCUCCAACCAAAGUGGUUCCCCCCUCGUCCAGCGACAGCAGCAGCGACAGCUCCUCCGACAGCGACAGCUCCUCCGACGACUCCGAAGAGGAGAGGGCGCAGCGUUUAGCGGAGCUCCAGGAGCAGCUUAAAGCAGUGCAUGAACAGCUUGCAGCCCUGUCCCAGCCCCAGCAGAACAAACCAAAGAAAAAAGAGAAGGACAAGAAGGAGAAGAAGAAGGAGAAGCACAAAAAGAAGGAGGAGCUGGAAGACAGCAAGAAGAGUAAAGCCAAGGAACCGCCAUCCAAGAAGGCCAAGAAAAGUAACAGCAACAGCAGUACCUCCAGUAAGAAGGAGCCUGUGACGGUGAAGAACAGCAAGCCCCCUCCAGCCUACGAGUCUGAGGAGGAGGAGAAGUGUAAGCCAAUGUCCUAUGAGGAGAAGAGGCAGCUGAGCCUGGACAUUAACAAACUCCCCGGUGAAAAGCUGGGCCGAGUUGUUCACAUCAUCCAGUCGAGAGAACCCUCACUUAAAAACUCCAAUCCCGAUGAGAUUGAAAUUGACUUUGAGACAUUAAAACCCUCCACGUUACGGGAGCUGGAGAGAUACGUAACGUCGUGUUUGAGGAAGAAGAGGAAACCUCAAGCAGAAAAGGUGGAUGUAAUUGCUGGCUCCUCUAAAAUGAAGGGGUUCUCCUCCUCAGAGUCUGAGAGCACCAGCGAGUCCAGCUCCUCCGACAGUGAAGAUUCAGAAACAGGUUAG